AAUACGAUUUCAAUUUUGCGCCUCGGGUCGGCCGAUCGGCGUUGUUUUAUGCAGAUUUGUUGAUCAAGCAGAGUGUAAAGCGCGCCAAAUGAAGAAAACCCUCCACUUCAAUGGCUCCAUCUAUUCGAAAUUCAUCAUCUCUCUGAAAUUUUGCUCAUUUUAGUUGAUCAGUUGAUUGAUUGCCAAAACAUGGGCAAGCAAAAGCAACAAGUGAUUUCUCGCUUCUUUGCUCCCAAGCCCAGAAUUCCACCGUCAAACCCAUCGUCGUCCUCUCCUCCUCCUCCGCCGGCGCCGCGGAUUCGAUCCCCUAACGUAAAAACAACGGUAUCCUUUUCUCCUUCGAAACGCAAGCUUCUCUCUGACCACCUCCCUUCCACUCCUAAAAGACCCAAAACCACGCUUUCCCCCCACACGCUUAACCCGGUUCCUCCUCAGUCUAAUCCUUCCCUCCACCAGAAGUUCCUACAGAAACUCCUCGAACCAUCUUCACCACCUCUUCCGGAACGUUCCAUCGAACCUUCUGAAUCCGACCACAAAAGCUACACUCCAUUGGAACAGCAAGUUGUGGAUUUGAAAAACAAGUACCCGGAUGUUCUCCUCAUGGUGAAAGUUGGUUACAGGUUUCGGUUCUUCGGGAAAGAUGCGGAGAUAGCCGCGAAAGUGUUGGGAAUUUACGCCCAUGUUGAUCGCAACUUCUUAACAGCAAGUGUGCCAACUUUUCGAUUGAAUGUUCAUGUGAGGAGGCUGGUUACUGCCGGGUACAAGGUUGGGGUGGUGAAACAGACAGAAACAGCUGCGAUUAAGGCGCACAGUUCCAACCGGGUUGGCCCGUUUGGCAGAGGGUUGUCGGCAUUGUACACUAAGGCGACGCUGGAGGCGGCGGAGGAUGUGGGAGGGAAGGAGGAAGGGUGUGGUGCAGAGAGUAAUUAUUUAGUUUGUGUUGUAGAGAAAGGUUUGGAUUUAUCUGGGUCGGUUUCGAAUUUGGGUGGGGCUCAUGUGAGGAUUGGAAUUGUUGGAGUAGAGAUUUCAACCGGGGAUGUCGUGUACGGUGAGUUUGAUGACGGGGUUAUGAGGAGUGAGCUUGAAGCUGUGGUUUUGAGCUUGGCUCCGGCCGAGUUAUUGCUUGGACAAGCACUUUCAAAACAAACAGAAAAGUUGCUACUGGCAUAUGCUGGACCUGCCUCGAAUGUUCGCCUGGAGCAUGUCACUUGUGAUUGUUUCAAGGAUGGUGGUGCACGUGAGGAUUUGAUAUCUGUUUAUGAGAAGAUGGUUGAAGAUAAUUUAGCAGAUAAUGUGCAUCAGUUAGCAGAGGCUACAGAACAGGGAAACUCUCACUCUUUGAUUCAGGGUGUCAUGGACAUGCCAGAUUUGGCUUUGCAAGCAUUGGCCUUAACUAUUCAGCAUCUCAAGCAAUUUGGAUUUGAAAGAAUUUUGUGCUUUGGAGCUUCAUUCCGCUCCUUAUCAAGCAGGAUCGAGAUGAACCUUUCAGCAAAUGCACUUCAACAAUUAGAGAUUUUGAGGAAUAAUUCAGACGGUUCUGAAUCUGGCUCAUUGCUUGGAAUCAUGAAUCAUACUCUCACUACUUAUGGAUCGAGGCUUUUAAGACACUGGAUUACUCACCCAUUAUGUGAUAGAAACAUGAUAUCUGCUCGACUGGAUGCUGUUUCUGAAAUCGCUCUGUCCAUGGGGUCUUAUAAAGACUCUCAGAGUAUAGUUGAGAUCAAGGGGGAAGAUUCUGACUUGACUACUAUGCAAACAGAAUUGUCAUGUUUGCUUUCCUCAGUUUUAACUUUCUUAGGAAGAUCACCUGACAUUCAACGUGGAAUAACAAGAAUCUUCCAUCGAACUGCCACCCCAACAGAGUUCAUUGCAGUUAUUCAAGCUAUUUUGUCUGCUGGAAAGCAACUUAAGCGGCUUCAUAUUGAUGAAGAAUAUGAGGAUCAUGGCUGCAAAAAAGUUGGAGUUGCAACUGUGCAGUCUACUCUGUUGAAAAGGUUGAUUUUGACUGCUUCAUCAUCCAAGGUACUUGGCAUUGCUGUCAAACUACUUUCUACCCUAAACAAAGAAGCAGCUGAUAAAGGGGAUUUUACAGACUUAAUCAUCAUAUCUAAAGACCAAUUUCCUGAGGUUGCUACCGCUCGGAGAGCACUUCAGUUGGCAAAGGUCAAACUGGAUAAUAUGAUUGGAUCAUACAGAAAACAAUUUGGGAAUCGCAAUUUGGAAUUUACAUGUGUGGCAGGAACUACACAUUUGGUAGAGCUGCCUAUAGAUGCCAAGGUACCUUCAAACUGGGUUAGGGUAAACAGUACCAAAAAAACAAUAAGGUAUCAUCCACCUGAAGUAUUGACUGCUCUAGACCAGUUAAGUCUGGCAAAUGAAGAGCUCACCAUUAUCUGUCGAGCUGCAUGGGACAGCUUUCUUAGGGAAAUUGGAGAAUAUUAUGUGGACUUUUACGCUGCUGUUCAAGCACUUGCUGCUCUGGACUGUUUGCACUCACUUGCCGUUCUUUCAAGAAAUAAGAAUUAUGUCCGUCCUAUUUUUGUGGAGGACAGGAAACCUGUUCAAAUACAAAUCCACGCUGGCCGCCACCCUGUAGUGGAGACCAUCUUACAAGACAGUUUUGUUCCGAAUGACACAAUAUUGCGUGCAGAUGGAGAGUAUUGUCAGAUUGUUACGGGUCCUAAUAUGGGUGGGAAAAGUUGUUACAUUCGCCAGGUUGCUCUAAUUGCUUUGAUGGCUCAGGUUGGGUCCUUUGUACCAGCAGAAUCAGCCACUCUGCCCGUGUUAGAUGCCAUCUACACGCGCAUAGGUGCGUCUGACAGUAUCCAACAAGGGAGAAGUACCUUUCUGGAGGAACUAAGUGAGGCUUCUCAGAUACUCCGGAAUUGCACUGCAAAGUCGCUUGUUAUCAUUGAUGAGCUUGGAAGAGGAACCAGUACACAUGAUGGUGUAGCUAUUGCUUAUGCUACAUUGCAUCAUCUGCUGGAUCAGAAAAAAUGCAUGGUCCUCUUCGUGACCCAUUACCCUAAAAUUGCCGACAUUAAAGUUAAAUUUCCUGGGUCUGUGGAGGCAUACCACGUCUCUUAUCUGACCUCAUGUAAUGACGAGAGUACUCCCGAAGCAAAAUCUGAUCAUGAUGUAACUUACCUAUAUAAGCUCGUCCCUGGUGUUUCUGCUCGGAGUUUUGGUUUCAAGGUUGCACAGCUUGCACAGCUGCCUUCAUCAUGCAUUAAUAAAGCAAUCUUUAUGGCUACAAGACUGGAAACAAUUGAAAGCAGCAGAGUGGGAGAAAAAUCAGGAGAAAGGCAGCGACAAGAGAACAUAUUACCAUCUACUGCUGGCUUCCAUAGUGGAAGGACAGAGGAUCCGGAAGAAUUCGUUAGUGCUUUCGGGGACGUGCUUUUGAAAUUGAAGUCUGCAACAACGGAUGAUGACCUUGAAGAAAGCUUUCGGCUGUUGAAAGAGGCUAGAGGCGUUGCAAGGGAAUUAUUAAACAGGUAAAUGCUUCACAGGUAACUUGUACGAAUGCCUUUGGUUGUUCGAUCCGUCCGUCGAUUUUGUGAAUAGAAUACCAUUGUAUCUGAGGAAGUUUUGUAAUUUUUGUAACGCUUACUUGGUCAAAUGGCAGCCAACUUACUCUUGAUAUCUCCAUCAGUUUCUUACCUAAUAUUAUUUACUUCUGCUCCAAGAAAUGACCCGAUUCUAGAUCGAGGUAAGAUUUGGGGAAAUGGGUAUGUUAUCGAGUGUCGAGACGUCGGGAAGAAAUGAUCCCGACUCCGGCUCCGGCUCCGGCACCACUUGUUCGUAGUACACUGAUUAUGUUU